AUGAAGGUGGGGUUGACGGCUACCGAAGAACCGGAUUUACGUGAUACUGAAGACAAUUUGACAUCGUUAGAACAACAGACGGAACAUAGUACAAUUACAAAAAAGGAGAAUCACACAGUGUCUGAGAAAGUUUAUAUUUUUGAUACAACCCUGCGGGAUGCCGAGCAAACACCCGGUGCCGCGCUGAAUCUUGGGGAAAAACUGGAAAUAGCGAAACAUCUCGCUAAACUGAAAGUCGAUAUUAUCGAAGCCGGCUUCCCUGUUUCAUCACCCGGUGAUUUUGAUGCAGUGACGCGCAUCUCCAAUGAGGUCGAGGGUCCGGAAAUUUGCGCGCUUUCACGCGUGAUUGAGAAGGACAUCACCGCGGCAUGGGGAGCGAUUAAAGACGCACGGAAACCUCGUAUUCACACAUUUGUCGGCACAUCACCCAUUCACCGAGAACGGAUCACACGCACCUCUCCCGAAGAGACGCUGCAAAUGGCGAUCGAUGCUGUCACCUAUGCGAAGAGUUUAUCCGCUGGGCACCCCGGUGCGGCUAUCGAAUUUUCGCCGAUGGAUGCCGGACGCACGGAGUUAAGCUAUCUUUAUGAAGUAGUCGAAGCGACGAUUGCGGCGGGAGCAACGAUUGUGAACAUCCCCGAAACAGUGGGUUGGACUGUGCCGUCUGAAUUCGGGAAACUUAUCGCAGACAUCAAAGCGAAUGUCCCGAACAUUGAUCGAGCAAUCAUCAGUGUCCACUGCCAUAAUGACCUCGGACUCGCUGUUGCCAACAGUCUCGUAGCGAUCGAAAAUGGGGCAAGGCAGGUCGAAUGCACAAUGAACGGACUCGGUGAACGCGCUGGCAACACAUCGCUUGAAGAGGUUGUGAUGGCAAUCCGAACCCGUCGAGACUAUUUCAGCGACUACUAUACCGACAUCAAUACGAAAGAAAUCGUUCCGAUUAGCCGUCGUGUCAGUCGGACGAUGGGAAUACCUGUUCAACCGAACAAAGCGAUUGUUGGUGCUAAUGCCUUCGCACACAGUUCUGGCAUUCAUCAAGAUGGUAUUAUCAAGCAGCGAAAUACCUUUGAGAUUAUCGAUCCGGCAGAUGUCGGCUGGCAGGAGAGUCAGAUUAUCCUCAGCCCGAGAUCCGGGCGCAACGCGCUCAGGCACCGUCUGGGUGCACUCGGUUAUGAGGUAACACCGGAACAGAUUGAAAAAAUCUAUGCACGAUUCCUCGAAGUUGCGGAUAAGAAAAAAGAGGUCCACGACGCCGACCUUGAGGCAAUCAUGAGAGACGAAGUCCGUUCUAUUCCUGAUACCUUCCAAUUGGAGUAUAUUCAGGUGGUCAGUGGGACAAAAAUCUCUCCAACAACGACGGUGGGUGUCCGUACCGAAGCAGGCGUCGUUGAAGAAGCAUCCACCGGCGAUGGUCCCGUUGAUGCAGCCUACAAAGCAAUUGACCGGGUCGCUAAGAUUCCCCUCCUACUCACAGACUACAACAUCAGCGCUGUGACCGAGGGGAAAGGAUGCCAUCGGUGA